AUGGCCGAAUCCUCCAAUUCAGCUGCCUCCGGAGGUACUGGAGGCUCUGCCAAACCCAAGGCAGUUCCAAAACCGCAGAAUCCUGUCUUCCGAAUGAUGGGUCUGCCCCAUAUCAAUUUCAAAUUGCCCUCGCGGAACUGGAUGAUCUUUUGGACAAUUACCGGCUCCUUCACUGGAGCCAUAAUGUACGAUCGACGGGAGAAGCGUCUCGCGCAACAAAAAUGGUGCGAUCUCGUGGCCCAUAUCACGGAAGAGCCAUUGCCAGUCGAGCAGAUGCGCCGCAAGCUGACAAUCUAUCUUGCUGCACCGCCUGGCGACAGUCUGCGCGUGGCCCGGGAUCAUUUCAAGGAAUACAUCAAACCGAUCUUGACUGCUGCGUCUUUGGAUUAUACCAUUGUUGAAGGACGUCGAGAGGGGGAUGUACGAGCUAGUACGGCAGAGAUGAUCCGAAAAUUGAGACGGAAGGCUGGUGAGCCUAGCUCUGUUGCUGAGGAACCUAGCGUCGAGAGUGCAGUAUUGGAGACCCGGGAGCGCAUUGGUAUUCAAGAUGAGCCAGGUCCUAAGGGCGACAUGGUCAUUGGUCGCCAUGCAUGGAAGGAAUAUAUUCGAGGCCUACACGAGGGCUGGCUAGGACCUCUAGAUCCUCCAGUCGAAGUUUCGUUACCCGAGGUAGUUCCUGCGCCUGUUGAAGCUUCCACCCCCGAGAGUAUAGAUGAAGCAAUGAAAGACAUUGCAACUGGCGACAAGCCAUCUGAGACCCCGGUCAGCUCCGAAGAUGAAAAGAAGACCGACGAAAAAGAAAAAGAAAAAGAAAAGCCUACUGGCCCACCGAACGCAUACAUCUAUCCCGCCGAAUAUCCCUCCGCCUCCCUCCCUCCAACGCUACCCGUCUCCUUUGACAACUCUGUUCCCGUUGAAUUCCCUCACAUCCUCGGUUUCCUGAACACACCCAUCCGCAUCUACCGCUUCCUUAACCAGAGAUACGUCGCAGACAGCAUCGGCCGCGAAGUUGCCGGUCUUGUUCUGGCUGCCAACGAAAGAUCAUACCGCGACGAGUCCUUCAGUCUAGACUCUGAACUAAGCGGAGCAAGUAUCGAUUCAACUCCCUCUCCCAAUGACCUUGCCAAUGAGCUUUCCCGUGGAAAAUACGAGCAGCAGACUGUCUUGGAAAAUGAGGAGAAAGAAUGGCACAAGUCUGUGCACAAGGCUGACGACACAGGCCGUGAGCGCGUGUUGGUUGAUGAUAUGGUGCUAGACCCUCGCAUUGCUUCGCGCAUGAAGCUUGCUCUUCUCUCUCCUGAGGACGAGGCUCGCUCGCAGCGUAUCGCCAAGCAUGAGGAGUAUAUCCUGGGCAAGGAGCGGCCCGCAUCUGUACCGUUCUGGAAGCAGUUGUGGAUCAAGUACGGCAACGGCGAGGAUGAGGAGACCAUCCGACGCAAGCCGAUUUACGGUAACAUUGAUGGUGAAGAUGGUGUGUAG